AUGGGUCGGAUUUUGGCAGUCGGGGAAUAUUUGGAUAGGUUUGCGGAGCUGGAAGACGAUUUUGACGAGGAAAAAGAAACCGUGGAUCUUGGCGAGGGCAGUGAGGUCCUUUCAAGCCUCAAUGACCUUGUUAUAAUUGACGCAGAUAAGAAUGAUGUUCGAAUUAUCAGCAACAAUGUCCAAGGCGUCCAGUCUUUCUUCCAAGAGUCGAAAGCUUCCCAUUUCCAAUCGCUCGUGCCCAACGGUCCCGAUGAUAUAUUAAUAAUGCACGAUAUGAAGUAUUGGAGCAUGAGAGAGAUUAAAAGGGAGUGGUUUCGCGCGUCGCUUUAA